AUGGAAGAUGGCAAGUGCUCAAAAGAAUUUCCAAAAGAAUUUCCAAAUGAUACUCUACCAAAUAAGGAUGGAUAUCCACGAUAUCGAAGAAGAGAUAAUGGAAUUACUAUGACUAUUGGGAAGUAUGAAGUUGACAAUAGAUGGAUAGUUCCAUAUAAUCCAUAUUUACUAAUGAAAUACAAUGCUCAUAUUAAUGUGGAAAUUUGUGCAACUGUGAAAAGUAUCAAAUAUUUAUUUAAAUACAUUUACAAGGGACAUGAUUGUGCUAACAUAAAAUUACAACGACCAGUGCAAGAAGGUGCUGCUCAAGGAACUUUGGAAUGGGAUGAAAUUAAAGCACAUCUCGAUGCAAGAUAUGUAAGCGCACCUGAAGCUGCAUGGAGACUUUUUGAAUUUCCAUUACAUGAUAAGUCUCAUGCUAUUAUCCGACUAGCUGUCCAUCUUCCAAAUCAGCAGCCAGUUUAUUUUGCUGAAGGAAACGAACGACAAGCUUUGGAAAAAGCUACUAUGAAAGACACAACACUUACUGCAUGCUUCAAAUUAAAUUCAAAAAAUCCAGAUGCUCAAAAAUAUUUUUACCAUGAUAUUCCAGAGCACUUCGUUUUUGAACGUAAUGGAACAUGGAAGCAUCGAGUACAAGGUGAAAACAUCAUCGGUAGAAUGUACUCCGUCAGCCCCAGUGAUGUAGAACGCUACCAUCUUCGAUUAUUACUGUUAUAUACUCCUGGUGCCUGUAGUUUUGAUGAUCUCAAAACAGUAGAUGGCCACGUCUGUCAAACAUUUAUGGAAGCUGCUAAAAGACGAGGUCUAUUGCGUGAUGAUACUGAAUAUGAAAAAUGCAUGUCUGAAGCCGUUAUCUUUCAGAUGCCACAACAGCUAAGAACACUUUUCUGUGUGAUACUUCUAUACUGGAAUCCAACAAAACCUGUAGACCUCUGGAAUUCGUUUAAAGCACAUAUGGCCGAGGACUUCAUGCAACAGGUGGAUGCUGAAACAGCAGAAGCAAUGGCAUUUUAUGCAAUCGAUGAAAAGCUGAAACAACAAGGCCGAAGUUGUAGUGAUUUUGGUAUACCAUCACUAACAUCUGUUCCUUAUUCAUUUGAAUCAAAAGUUAUCAAUAAAGAAGAAGAACUUCGAAUAGGACAAGAAGUGUAUGCAAUGUUGAGUCAAGAUCAACGUUCAAUAGCAGAUGCAAUUCUUGCAAGUCAUGGUAAACAAUCAACCAUCACUACUGGCUCAUGUUUCCUUAUCGAUGGUCCUGGAGGUACAGGAAAAACCUAUCUCUACAACACUCUGUACCAUUUAUUCAUGGGACAAGGAGUCCACGUUAUGACAGUUGCAUGGACAGGAAUUGCUGCAAGUUUAUUACCUGAAGGAAGAACUGCACAUAGUCGUUUCAAGCUUCCCGUACCUAUAUUACAAACAUCUACAUCAAGUAUCCGACCAAACAGUAAGGAAGCUGAAGAGAUUAGAAAGACUCAAAUUUUUAUUUGGGACGAAGCACCAAUGGCUCGAUGUUAUGCUCUCAAUGCAGUUGAUAUUUUGCUGAGAGAUAUAAUGAACAUCGAUGCACCUUUUGGAGGAAAAGUUAUGAUACUCGGUGGAGAUUUUCGACAAGUUCUUCCAGUCAUUCGAUUUGCAAACAGAUCAGAAUUAAUUGCACCAAGUCUCAAAAGUUUCAACCUUUGGCCUUACUUCAAAGUCAUGCAUCUACAGCAGAACAUGAGAACAGGACCAGGUGAAGAAGAGUUCUCAAAGUGGUUGAUUAAACUUGGCAAUGGUGAAUUACCAUCAAACGAAUAUGAUGAAAUCGACUUGCCUAGGGCCUUCUAUUUACAAUCGGGCUUGGGUCAAUUAAAGUGUGAUAACUUUCCAAAUGAAUCAGGUCUACAUGUAUGGGUAAAGCCUGUUCAGUCCAUGGUCAAAGUGGCUGUUUGUUCAGGUCUCGAAAAGAAUGAUGCAUGUUUAGCCUAUGUGAAGAAUCGUCUUGCUCAAUUAGAUAAAUCUAAACAAGAAUAUCAUACUGAUCUACAAGUUCAAUUAAAUCAUUUAUCUAAUCAAGCAAACAUAAUUCAACAACCAUUAGAGAAAUUCAUCGUAGAAAAUCUUCUUAGUCUACGGAAGAAAAUUCAACAUAAAAUACAAUUGGCUUACUUUGAAUAUAAGGAAGAAAUCAUAAAACACGAAUAUCUUAAACAGAAUCCAAAUGAAGCUCAAAUAAAAUUAGCUGAAGAACUCUGUACUGCAAAACAACAAGAAGAACUGAGCAAAUGUACAUCCGAACUUCUCGAUAAACAACUUAUUCAUUACAAUGCAUCAUAUAAUUUUGAACAUUUACCAAUCGCUCGUUUUCCUUUAUUUGAUUCGAUUGGUAAUGCCGAUAUUCAACAACAAUUCUAUGCUCAAUAUAGACAAAUAAUUGAACAAACAAAAACAGAUAUGCUCACUCUCUAUACUCAGUCAGCUAUAAGUCAACAGAUGCGUUAUCAAAAUGGAUAUAAUGAUAGAAUGAAAAAAAUUACAGAAGACCAACAAUUACUGCCAGAUGAACAAAAAUUAACUACGAAAAUGAUUGAAAUAAUCGUGCAACGUGCCCAUCUUAUUGAAGAACGACUCAAAUGUGUUCAUGAUUUUAAACUUGAACAAUUUUCUUGUCAAUCAUAA